UCCGCACGCUCCGCGGCCGAUCGUCUGGGAACCGGGGCUCCGAGGGGUGCGGGCUUGAUGGCGGGAGGCUCAGGACUGUCCUCUGGCCGCAAGUACCCCGCCAUCGGUCAGGCGUGACCCCGGCCAAGCGACUCUGAGGAAAGUGAGCCCCCCAAAACACAUCAGAGCAGCAGGAAGGAGAUGCAGCUGGUAUUGGCCCUUGUGGGGGUCCUUCUGGGGGCGCCUGGAAUGCCAGCUUGGGCCCUUGAAGCCUCUGAGGAGACGGAGCUGGAGCCCUGCUCGGCCCCCAGUCUGGAGAAGCAAGAGCAAGAACUGUUGGUGGCCAUCGGGCAAGCUGUGCAGCUGUGCUGUGGGCAGGCUGAGCGUGGUGGCCACUGGUACAAGGAGAGCGGUCGACUGGCACCUGCAGGCCGGGUCCGGGGCUGGAGAGGCCGCCUGGAGAUUGCUAGCUUCCUGCCUGAGGAUGCCGGCCACUACUUCUGCCUGGCCCGGGGGUCUAUGAGCGUCCUGCACAACCUCACGUUGGUUGCAGAUGUAGACUCGUUGACCCUCAGCCGUGGUGAUGAUGAGGACCCUCAAGCUCCCGGGGGCUCCUCCAAGGGCCAUGUGUACCCCCAGCAAGCACCCUACUGGACACACCCCCAGCGCAUGGAGAAGAAGCUGCACGCAGUGCCUGCUGGGAACACUGUGAAAUUCCGCUGCCCAGCUGCGGGCAACCCCACGCCCACCAUCCGCUGGCUGAAAGAUGGACAGGCCUUCCACGGGGAGAAUCGCAUUGGUGGCAUUCGGCUGCGGCACCAGCACUGGAGCCUGGUGAUGGAAAGUGUCGUGCCCUCCGACCGUGGCACCUACACCUGCCUCGUGGAGAACGCCGUGGGCAGCAUCCGUUACAGCUAUCUGUUGGAUGUGCUGGAACGGUCCCCGCACCGGCCCAUCCUGCAGGCCGGGCUUCCGGCCAACACCACGGCUGUGGCGGGCAGCGACGUGGAGCUGCUGUGCAAAGUGUACAGCGACGCGCAGCCGCACAUCCAGUGGCUGAAGCACAUCGUCAUCAAUGGCAGCAGCUUUGGCGCGGACGGCUUCCCCUACGUGCAGGUCCUAAAGACCGCAGACAUCAACAGCUCUGAGGUGGAGGUCCUGUACCUGCGCAAUGUGUCUGCUGAGGAUGCGGGCGAGUACACCUGCCUGGCCGGCAACUCCAUCGGCCUCUCUUACCAGUCGGCCUGGCUCACGGUGCUGCCAGAGGAGGAUCUCACGUGGACAGCGGCCACGCCAGAAAGCAAGUAUACGGACAUCAUCUUGUAUGCCUCGGGUGCCUUUGUCUUGGCCGUGCUCCUGCUGCUGGCAGGCCUGUAUCGAGGGCAGGCCCUCCAUGGCCGCCACCCACGCCAGCCCGCCCCUGUACAGAAGCUGUCUCGCUUCCCUUUGGCUCGGCAGUUCUCUCCAGAGUCCGGUUCCUGGGGCAAGUCAAGCUCGUCUUUGGUGCGGGGUGUCUGGCUGCCUUCCCCGGGCCCCCCCUUGCUGGCUGGUCUUGUGAACUUGGACCUCCCUCUGGACCCUCUGUGGGAGUUCCCUCGGGACAGGCUGGUACUCGGCAAGCCACUGGGAGAGGGCUGCUUCGGGCAGGUGGUUGGCGCAGAGGCCUUCGGGAUGGACCCCACCCAGCCGGACAAAACCAGCACUGUAGCUGUCAAGAUGCUCAAAGACAACGCCUCCGACAAGGACCUGGCCGAUCUGGUGUCGGAGAUGGAGGUGAUGAAGCUGAUUGGCCGACACAAGAACAUCAUCAACCUACUGGGUGUCUGCACCCAGGGAGGGCCUCUGUAUGUGAUCGUGGAGUGUGCAGCCAAGGGAAACCUCCGCGAGUUUCUCCGGGCCCGGCGACCCCCAGGCCCUGACCUCAGCCCCGACGGGCCAAGGAGCAGCGAGGGGCCCCUGGCUUUCCCAGGCCUGGUCUCCUGCGCCUACCAGGUGGCCCGGGGCAUGCAGUACCUGGAAUCCCGGAAGUGUAUCCACCGGGACCUGGCAGCCCGCAAUGUGCUGGUGACUGAGGACAAUGUAAUGAAGAUCGCUGACUUCGGGCUGGCCCGCGGCGUCCACCACAUUGACUACUACAAGAAAAACAGCAAUGGCCGCCUGCCGGUCAAGUGGAUGGCGCCUGAGGCCUUGUUUGACCGCGUAUACACACACCAGAGUGAUGUGUGGUCUUUUGGAAUCCUGCUCUGGGAGAUUUUCACUCUCGGAGGGUCUCCGUACCCGGGAAUCCCAGUGGAGGAGUUGUUCUCACUGCUGCGGGAAGGACAUCGGAUGGACCGGCCCCCCACCUGCCCCCCGGAGCUGUACGGGCUAAUGCGUGAGUGCUGGCAUGCCGUGCCCUCCCAGAGACCCACUUUCAAACAGCUGGUGGAGGCCUUGGACAAAGUCCUGCUGGCUGUCUCUGAGGAGUACCUUGACCUGCGCCUGACCUUUGGCCCCUACGCCGCCCCUUCCGGUGGGGACUCCAGCAGCACCUGCUCCUCCAACGAUUCUGUCUUCAGCCACGACCCCCUGCCCCUGACGUCCACUCCCUUCCCCUUUCCGGGGGUGCAGACAGGAACUGGGGUAUGAGGUGGUGCUGGCGGGCAGGCCCCAUGGUCCGGGGCCUCGUGGCUGACACAGUGUAUAACUCUGGCUGCUCCGAUCUCUGCUUUGGGGAGACCCCCCCGCCUUCAUCUUGGGGCUCCUGGAUAAAGCUUCCUGCUGCGUUCCCAAUCCACAGCGCCAACCGCACCGUGCAGGUUGGAGAUUCCGUGCCAUGGUUUUGUGUAGUGCUGGGGCUUGAACUCAGGGCCCCACUUCCGGCCUUUGAGUGGUUCAUUGGAGAGAAGAGCGUCGUGGAGAUUCUCACCCAGGGCUGGCUUUGAACUAGGAGCCUCAGAUCUUAGCUUCCUCAGUAGCCUGGAUGAUUGGUGUGAGGGUCACCAGCGCCUUGCGGCCAAUGCGAAUAGCCUAGGAGCCUGAGCGGUUGAAUUCUGCUCCUCCUCCUGAGCCUCGGUACCCGAUCCUCGCCACCUGGGCCUCCUUGGGCCUGGCUACAGAGCUGCUGUCCCGAGCCCCUCUUGCUUCAUGACAGGGAAGAGGUUAAGUGCCUUGGGGUCCCACCACCCCAUGUCCCUCCCCCUCUGCUCAUCCCCCCUCAUUCUUGGGGGGCCGGAGGGGGGAGAAAGGGAAGCAACAUUAGCUCUGGUUAUCCUUAAAGAGUCUGGGAAUCCACCAGAAAAACCGCAAGAGCAAAUGACCUUUUAUAAAUUAUUGUUGUUUUUGGAA